GCUUGCUCAUGGAGUUUCCUGGCAAAGGGAAGGAAAAAGAGAAAGAAGAGGAGACAAUUUGAUGUCCACCGUCCAAUCAACAGACCAAUCAGUAAGGUAAGCUAUGGAGAUCAAUUUCCUCUCAACUACCAUCUACCAAAAAAUCAUUAUGUUAUGUUUGGAAAGGGAAAUAAACACUGGAAACAUAAAAUAAAGAAAAUGAUGUGAAAGACGUGCAAAUGGAAUCUUUCUAAUGUACAAGUCAACAACCAAUGGUAGUUGUGUUCUCAUUUGAUUCUUUGAAACUGUUUCAGGGUCUGCAUUUCUUUUCAUUCCAUUUUCAAAAGUUGUGAGUGAAAAUUGAUUCAACUCUUUUCUCAUCUGCGUUUGAUUUCAAUUCCAAUUCCCAAAAUAGAUUAGAGUAUGCCUCAUCCACUCAUUUCUCCCCUUGUUAGUUCAAUUUUGAAAACCUUGAACUCUUUAGUGCUAAAAGAGUUUGGGAUAGCAUGGGGUUUGAAAACAGAUCUAGAGAACUUAGGGAGCACUCUAAGUACCAUUCAAGCAGUCCUUCAAGAUGCAGAGACCAAGCGAGGAAAGGGCGAGGCUCUGAAGAAUUGGCUGAGAAAGCUCAAUGAUGCAGCUUAUGAUGCAGACAAUCUGGUGGAUGAGUUCAUGAACGAAGCUCUGAGAAGAAGGAUGGAUUCUGAGAGAGGCAUAAACCCCCAAGUAAGUGCCUUUUUCUCUCUUCGAAACCGGCUUAUAUUUCGAUUGAAAAUGGGGCAUAAGAUCAAGGAUAUGAGGGAUAGGUUAGAUGCCAUUGCUGGGGAGAAAAACAAGUUUCACUUGAGGGAAGGUCUGGUGGAAACCGGAGAAGUUUGUGGGAUGCAGAGAGGACAAACUGAUUCAAUGGUGAAUGAAUCAGAAAUUUAUGGGAGAACUGAUGAGAAAGAAAUGAUAAUUGAAAUGUUGCUCAAUAAUUCAAGUGAUCGUGAUGAUGAUGUUUCGGUCUAUGCUAUGUGUGGUAUGGGGGGACUUGGAAAAACCACACUUGCUCAAUUGGUCUACAAUGAUGGAAGGGUGAAGAGCUACUUUGAGCUGAGAAUUUGGGUGUGUGUCUCUGUUGAUUUCGAUGUAGAGAGACUAACCAGAGCAAUCCUAGAGUCCAUAGAAGGUCGUGGGUGUAGUAUCUCAAACUUGGAUCCACUUCUACGUCGCCUCCAAGAAAAACUGUUUGGGAAGAGAUUUUUACUUGUCUUGGACGAUGUAUGGAAUGAGUACCAUGAGAAGUGGGAUAGGCUAAAAAAUGCACUAAAGUGUGGAGCUAAAGGCUGUACCGUUAUAGUAACAACAAGGAUUCAGCAAGUUGCUCUUAUUAUGGCUACACUUCCUAUACACCACAUGGCUCAUCUGUCGGAGGAUGAUUCUUGGUCCUUGUUUAAACGGCGUGCAUUUGGCAACGAAAGAACAGAGGAAAACCUUCAAUUGGAUCUCAUUGGGAAGGAAAUAGUGAAAAAAUGCAAAGGGUUACCCUUAGCGAUAAAGGCUUUGGGAAGCCUCAUGCAAUUUAAAAGAAGUGAAAGUGAAUGGUUAUCUGUGAAGGAGAAUGAGACUGGGAUUUGCCAGAUGAUGGAAGUGGUAUUUUACCUUCCUUGAGGUUGAGCUA